UUUCCAGGUGGAGAGCGUAACUGUGGAGUACAUGAGCUGAUCUGCGUCAGAAAAGUCUCUCCAGAGGUGCUGGGGUUUCUGACAGCCAUCGGUCUCUUCAUCAUCCUCAUGACCUUUCUGUUCUGGUACCUCAACAACAAGUUGGCACUAGACAACCCAGGGAGCCUUCAGUGCCUUGAUGACUUCAGGAAAAAAACCGAGCUGCAAGACAAAGCCUACGCUGAUGCCGACCUGCAGGGCUCGUCUUCAGACAGCGAGGACGAACUAAUGGGUCAGUACCAGGAAGCCGUCAGCCGCUCCCAAGGCCUGCGGGGAGGAGCCAAGGCGGCCGGGAACACCAAACACUCAGGAGGGUUCACCUGGGAGAGCAGGCAGAAGUACAGCGCGCUGACGGCCGACUAUGACGGGUACAGCAGCGACGCCUCGGCUGAUGACGCUAACUGCAUCCAGAGGAUGCGCCGAACACCGCCACUGGAUGAGCUUCAGCCUCCUCCCUAUCAGGAUGAGAACGGCUCUCCCAGGAUGUCCUGCACGCUGUCCGACCUGGGAGAUGCAAAGUGUGAUCUGUCCUACACCAGUGGCAGUCCCCACCUGUCCUUUGGCAAAUGCCCCAGUGAGUGCAGCGACGGCCACGACUCUGAGAGUCACUUCAACAAGGGCUACGAAGAGGACGUCCCCAGUGACAGUACGGCUGUCCUCAGCCCGGAGGACAUGUCAGCCCGUGGCUCAGCAGCUCAGCUCCCUAAAGGAUAUGAACCAGAUUCUGUUGCCAAAUUUGGCACUCUGGAUGUGGUGUUCGACUUUGACUCAGAUGACCAGCAGCUGGCCGUCACCAUCAUGGCAGUGUCGGAUCUUCCCGCCCUGAAACGCACAGGCAACAUCUCCUGGCAGGUUCACCUGGUGCUGCUGCCCACCAAGAAGCAGAGAGCCAAGACAGGAAUCCAGAGAGGCCCCUGCCCCAUCUUCACCGAGACCUUCCGCUUCAGCCACGUGGAGUCGGAGAUGAUCAGCAACUACGCCAUCCGGUUCCGCCUUUACAGCAUGAAGCGGAUGAAGAAGGAGAAGGUGCUCGGGGAAAAGAUGUUCUACCUUACCAAGCUCAACCUUCAGGGAAAGAUGUCUGUGCCCGUCAUAUUGGACCCAUGCUGUUCUCUCACGGGUGGUGAUUCCCAGGUCAGCCUCUCCGAUAUGACGUGCAGUGAAAGCGCCUCAUCAUUCCAGUCUGUCAGUCAGACAUCAACGCCGGAGAUCCUCGUGGGCCUGGUGUACAACGCCACGACAGGACGUCUCUCCGUGGAGAUCAUCAAAGGCAUCCAUUUCAAAAACCUGGCAGCCAACAAGCCACCCAACGGGCUGUUCUGUUGUCUAAAACACUUGAUAGGUGGACAGGUUUAUAUAAUCAGAGAUACAUAUGUUAAGCUGACCUUACUGAACUCCAUGGGCCACGAGAUGUCCAAGUGUAAGACAUCCAUCUGUCGAGGACAGCCCAAUCCAACGUACAAAGAGACGUUUGUCUUCCAGGUAGCUCUUUUCCAGCUAUCGGACGUCACGCUCAUCCUCUCCGUCUACAACAAGCGCAGCAUGAAGCGUAAGGAGAUGAUCGGAUGGAUUUCGCUCGGCCUCAACAGCUCCGGAGAGGAGGAGCUCACACACUGGACUCUGAUGAAAGAGUCUAAAGGACAGCAGGUUUGCCGCUGGCACAGUUUGUUGGAGUCCUAACGGCAAGUGAAGAGAGAGGGUAACUGGAAAGAGCAUUUUAUUUCCAGAUGGGUAAGAAAUGGAUACCUGGAAUCGAUGAAUGUGAAACACGUCCAAGGAACCAGUCAGUGGUGGUGAAGGAAAAGACACAAAAAACUUUUGCUUUGCACAAUACAAGCAUUUUCAUGGCACUGUUUGUAGAAUCGCUGACAGCCAUUGAUUAGUCGUACGGCUAGUAAUAUGAUUUAUUUCUAGGACUGCCAAGUGAUGACCUUUAAGCUUCUGUUUCAAAGAGCAGGUUCUGAGUACAUUUGUGAGGGAUACUUCUGUGUAUACAGACCUCGAGCUCACAACCAGGAUUAUCUGUAAUGUUACUAGAGGUUUACAAUUUGAAACACCUUUUCAUUUGUUCUUCACAUUUACUAAAACUUUGUCAUGAAUUUAAAGGUUCACCAAGAAAAUCGUUCUAAAUGUACAAUUCAGAACUUGGACUUUUCAAAUUAAAACUAGAAAGUUAUUUCCCGUUUGGAAUAGACUUUGCCCCACCAUUGUUAAAGUCUUUGAGGAUGUAAUAUCUCAGUCCCCUUACUUCUACUUUCCAUGAAACCCACUUGUUUUUCUUAUUGGUUUAAAGUGGUGGUGGCAUACUUAGAAUAAAGUGAUUUCAGGCAAUAAUUAACCAAAAGCCAAUGAUUUUGUUACCAGGACUUCAAACAAACCACGCCCACAUUUUUCAGUGGCUAACUUAAUACUUUCUUGGGCCAGUGUGUAUUUUCAGGGGAUAUACUGACACAAAUCAAGUAUAGUAUUUAUAACUAUGUUUUCAUUAGUGUAAAAUCACCUGACAGUAGGAAUUAUUUGGUUUUUCGUAAGCUUAGAAUGAGCUCUUUGUAUCUACAAGUGGCAAUUCUUCAAUUGAGUCCGGCAUUUUGCAUCGCCAUGUACAAGAACGGACAAUGGCUCUACAAAGGCCGCCAUAGUUCUCCGACAUGCCAGUAAAACUGUUGUUCUGCCACUACUACAUGAAUUUGUUGCUCCUAAAGUACAGUUAUGUCAAGGUUGAAGGACCUCAGAGUUACUAAGAUUUGCACUUAGCGUCCUUUAUACCACAGUUUCGUAAGGCAUGGGUUAGGGGAAUGGUAUUCAGUUGGUUGCAUUCUGGGUAUAGCCAAAUCUUAACACUUUCCCUUUAACUGAGACUUUUGCCUAGUGAUAAAGGAAUAUUUAUUGAUUCAGACAAAUGUUUUUUUAUCAAGUGUUCAGGGGUUUAAACCUUUUUCCAACCCCUGACUAGCUGGCUGAUUGUAGCAACUUCCUGUUACAUCAGUACACAGGGCAGCACCUGUGCCAUGCUUUGCCUCAGAGAAAAAAACAACACUAGUUCGUUUCAGACUUUGAGUGUGAAUUUCUUCUAUUUGAACAGGAGAAGGGGCUAACUUAAGCUACCAUGAAUGCUGCUAGCUACCUUGUUCGUCAUGUAUCAAUCCAGGCCAGAUCACAUUCUCAGGCGGUCAAAAAAACGUUUUGCAUUACCCUGAUAUGGAUGCACACGGAACCCUUUAUUACUCUAUAAAAGAAAUCAGGCUUUUAACUAUCAAUCUUAACCCAUCUGCGGCAAUAUUAGAAGUUUAUUGCAAGUUCUAGAAACAGUUUUGUCAAGUCUUUGUGACUUCUUCAUUUAAAUCACGUAAAGUAAUUUACGUAACAAAUGUUCUUAUUUUAACCCUAACCAUAUUGUUUUGCUAAACCUCACCAAGUAGUUUUUGUUAGAAUUCACAUUAUUCACCACCUGCUUUAAACUGUGACCAUAGUAAGGCUUCAUAGUUUGACACGUAGGGCUAGUCAUUUUGUUAAAUGUCAACGCCAAAUGGUCCAACACAUGAUGCGUUUAGAAUGAGAACGGGUUUAUUUAUCACACUAUACUCGCUCUUUGGCUAGAAACAAAAACGAACCACCUUGACCAUACAGGGAAGACAACAGUGAGAGAAGUUUCAUGAAUUGAAUUUGUAUAAAAAUCAGGUAAAUCACUAUGUUGUCAAUGUAACAAUACAAUACUACACCAAGUGAUUAUACUUUGUAGAGAAUGGUGUCCUAAAUCGUAGAAAGGUUUUCAUUAUUAGUUUUUAUAAAACUAAAUACGCCACAUCCCAAAAUGCUCCCUGCAAAUGAUGUGUUGAAUUCAAAGAUAUAGCCAGAAGCAGUGGCGGCUGGUGAACAUUCUUUUGGGGGGGGCGCAGUUGGGCGGCACGGUUUAAAUAGCACUUUUUUAGAGGUUUAGCUUAAGACAGUUGGUUAGGUGGCUGCGGCCACAUUCGUGCUUCUUACAUUUUUGUGUGAAGUGCUUUAGAUCCUUCAUCCCGGUUGUAGUCCAAAGUGUUUCAAUCCCAGGACUUUGAAAUAACAGACAAGGGAAACAAAAAAAGGCAUUGCUCACUGUACAACCAGCUAACCAAUUCCGCUUAGCAUACAAGUUUGAGGAGAAAGUCCGAGUGUAGGUUCUCCCGCGAUCAGUGGUCGUCUGUUGAAUGUUUAAAUCCGGACGCUCGGGUCCCAAGUCUUUCAAUUUCUUCUUUUCGACAUCUGAUAGUCGAUGAAACGGUGUUUUAAGUAGAGCUUGCACGGAGUUCUCAGCCAUCGAUGUCGUCAUAUUCACUCAAUCUAAGUUUCAGCUAGCUACGGUGCUGCUCUUUACGCUUGUGGUUAGGGAAUGAUAACGAUGCUGAUUCGCCGAAAUAGUCCAAUCGCGUAUCUAAGAAUGUCACAUUGAACUAAGAAACAAUGCCAUUGGCUGUGGGCGCAAAGAUUUGCGCCCACAGAUCUAAGUUUCAUCCCCCAAUGAAAAGCUAUCCUUGCUAAAAUGACUGAGAAAAGUAUAAGCUCUCCUAUAGACUCCCAUGUUAUCGGCGCCCACGGACGGUAGCCGACCUGCCUAUUCUCAGAAAAGGCGAAUGGCAAUAUAUUAUGUCCGGACACAUUUUAGCGGUUCUUGACAGUGGUCUCCCAUACACAUUUAACCCAUAAACACGGUACAUUUCUUAUUUCAAUUAUGUUUUAUAUAUAACGUUUUUUAACUCAAAAAGUCAGGGUGGGCGGCGCCCAAGCGCCCACUAUUGACGCACCGCCACUGGCCAGAAGAACUCUCGGGAUAGGGGCAUGAUCUCGUAAUUUAAAGGCCAUGAAAGUGCUGGCCAUUUUGGAUAGGCUUUCAGGGAACUCAUGAUAACAAUAAUACAAAGACUUGAGCUGAACAACCACAUUUCAUGAAUCGCUUUCAGUCAACACGGCAAAACAUCACACAAUUGACCCAGCUAAAACGAACGGAAAUGUUAUCUGAAAACAAACAUCGGAAAGUCACGGUUGGUGCUGCGCUGGCGUUUAGCAUUGAUUUCUGAGAAGUAAAGAUUUGUUCAGAAUGUGUUCCACUAAUGAUCUCUGAAAAACUAUUUUUUUAUCUAGAAAGGAAAACGCUAUUUAUCGGAAAAAACACGGUUGGUGCUUCGAUGGCGUACAGCAGCGAUUGCUGAGGAGAAAUAAGCAUAGAUGUGUUUCACUAAUGAUCUUUAAAAAACAAUAUCUUUAUCAGAAAAAAAGUGUAAUUCAUCAGAAAGCAUUUCACAAUGUUUUUCUCAAAGCGUGAACAGACAUGUUAUGAUCGUUGUAGUUACUUUGGUGGUUGUGCGAUAUUGAGUUUCAAUCCACCAGUCAAACAUCACAGAGAAUGUCAGCGGCAGUUUUAAAGACAUCGAUGACAUUUCUCUUGAAUUAAAAAUAACUUGCUGCUGAUAUAUCACAGCAGUACAUGUGAGAAGAACAUGUCUGCUAAUGUUUUACCCGCUCUGGUGCUAAUAAGUACUGUGGCUGCACGCACAGAAUUUCCUUGCCUUAUGUUUUAGUCAGUUCAUACAUUUCUGUAAGUGGACACGUUACAAAAACAGACACAGACACAACCUGAGAGCACACAGACCUGCAUCCAUAAUUCCAGAAAGCACACACUCACAGGAGGGGAUACACACAGUGUGCAUUGACAAACUGGUAGAAUAUCUACAGGUAUUUUUAGCUGUGGCUACUUUCUCACUUCAUUUCACUUACAAACAACAGAAAAUACAUAUACUCUUAACUGUGCCUGUGGUUGUGGUGAAAGCUUGCUUUGUGCAGUGUUUACCAAGUGUGUGUGUGUAUGUGAGUGUUGACAGGAAAGGUUGAGUUCGGGAGGGCUGUGAUAUAGGUAGUUACUGCAUUUUUUCUCGUUGGGUGUUAGUAUUUCUGAAUUUAAUUAACGUGCACAAAUUAACCCACUUCUGGUUGUCUGCCAUAUACUUUAUAUACAGUAGAUGUUUUCUUAUCUAUUUUUGUAUCUAUACUAGGGAAGAAUUGUAUUUGUGGAUGUAAGUCCCCUGUGAGCAAUACUAUUCUGGGUUGCUGUUUAUUCUGUUAAUUUAUUUUCCGUAGAGGAGAAUUAACAGUGUCCUCUUUUAACUCCCUUCUCUGAAGCAAUGUAACGAGAGAGCUCAAAUCAAAACAAUCUUACAAAGUGUUUAACCUUUGAUGAUUUGUAACAAUCGGGAACAGAAGCACAGCAGGGAAGCACACCGUGUGAAAGAUAGCGGGGCAGUAGCUAACAUGUACAUCAUAUCAUUGAAUCCAAAAUCCACAUAGACUAUUUGUUAUGUGAUCAGCCGGGAUCAUUUGAUAUGACUUCAGUAAAUGAAUUCUUAUGUCUCGCCAUACAACAGCCUGCUGAAAAAAGCGGAGUGAUGGUGGUGAGCCAACAGAAGGUGUUCAGGAAAGAAGGAGUGUGAUCUUUCACACUGUCAGUGGGUGUCAGAUGGCAGCCAGGCUCCACAGUCAAGAAAAUAUCAUCAGUGAAGAAUUUAUAUGUACGUUUUUUCAUACAUUGAAAUUAUGGUAGAUAAAAUGAAAAUGGAUUCAAAAUACAGGCUCGCACUUUCCUUAGAGCACCACACAUCCUUUAGUUAGUGGCGUUUAACAUGCCAUUUAUUUUCUGGACGUUAACACUAAGUCUAGCUACCAAUGUACGGAAGCUAAAAUAGGCCAAAAUGACUUUUCUUUGAGAAACUGAAUAUCUGAAACUUAAAUGUAGUUCAUUGGAUUACCCCUGAUUGCAAAGCUUCAAAACAUUUUGAAUUUCUAAUUGCUCUUUAAAACAAGUGUAAAAAUGUUUGAAUGUGUGUUUGGAUUAUGGACAUUUUCAAAUGGACAUUUUUUCUCCAAAAAAAGACAAAAAAAUGCACUUAAAUUUAAGUUUCAAAAAAGCUAGAUGUUAUUCAGACACCAAAAUUGAAACAAUCAAAAUACAAUCUUUUAGCUGAUAAUACCUCCUUUUGAAGACCCCAGACAAAACAAACAUUUGGAAGGUUUUGGAAUUCAAAAACUCAAACCAAACAUGCAAACAAAUGUAUACCCACAACCACAUAAUUGAGAAAUACCGGUCAAUACAUUUCAGUACUUUACAUUCAGCAUUUUUAACAUUUUUCUGGUCAAGGAAUCAACAGUGGUUGAUUUUCAGAAUACGUAAUCAGCUGCAUUUCAAAUUCAGACUAUUAUGGCCUUCCUUUUGCUUCCGUACCUACAAACACAAAGACUCGCUUCUAAAGGAUUUUAGCGCUUUUUCCUGAUAACCUUUUCACCCAAGAUGUUCCAUUAAUAACAUUUUACAAAAAAUAUUUUAUGCUUUGCACUAUUGUUUUUUGCCUUUAUUUCCUUGACACGUUUUGAAUAUUCCCCUGCUUUUAAAUGCUGGUUUUUAUUGGUGAUUUUUUUCUUUUUCUUUUAGUUUGGAAACUACCUAUGCCACAGGCGGCAUCGGUGCCUUACUGUUUUUCAAAAGGUGUCACAGUGUCUUAAUGUACUUGUACUUUUCUUCUGUACUUCAGGCUGAGUUUGAUUUGUAAAAUUGAUGUAUGAUAGAGAGAAUUUAUAUGUGAUAUUAUUGUUUAAAGAAAAAGAAAAAUCACUUGUUUGGGUGUGGUUUGUCCUACCACAUUUCAUAACAUAUUUGUGUGUUUACAUACUUACAUUUACCAUAAAGCAACUACACUAGGGUUGAUAUUAGCUAACAUCAACAUUGUAUACAGUCUUUUUAAAGGUUUUGUGCUUUUGAUCCAUUUGAUGCAGUUAUUCAGCUCCUAAAUGUUCAUAUUGCCACAAAACAACCAACAGGUGGAGCAAUUAUUGCAUUUGGCAGUGUUUAGCAAAUUUGACCUAAAAUGAUAUUAUACGUUUAGAUUUUCUCUUGUUUGAAACAGAUAACCUUCAACUUCUAUGAGGUGACUUUGACUGACGGUGCUGUAUCAUUUAAUACCAAAGUAUUUGGGGUAGAAUGAGGAACUUUUGAAAGUAAAAAAUAACAAAUAUUUUGGGAAAAAUAUUUUUGAAUUGUAUGGUCGCAUUAGUUCAUGUGUAGGUACAGAAAUAGAAAGAAUUUGUGUUAUAUAUAUUAUAUAUUAUGUUAUAUCAACUAUUCCUUUUUAUUUGAGCCUAAAUUCCAUCUAAAUCAAAACAGCACUUUUAUUUACAGAAAAAGGUAAUAGUGUUUUUCACCCCCCUCCUCCCCCAUA